AUGUUCGCGAAGGCUUCGGUCGGCGUCACGUGCUGGCUGGCCCUCGCCGCCGGCGUGGCGGCUGCCCCCGGCAGCUUCCGCGGCGCCCCAGGCCGCGAUCGCGCGGUGGCCCUGGAGGAGAUCCAGGCGAGCUUGCAGGAGGCCCUGGAGGCCGUGCUGAGCUCGGAAGGCGCCGCCAAGCGCAGUGCCCACAUCGAGGCACGCGUCUGGCAGACCUUCCAGUCCUUGCCCAAGAACGACGUGGGCCGCCUGGCGCCCAAGGCCGUUCGGUACCUGGUGCACAGCUACUUCAUGAAGGAGCACGGCUGGCUCAUCCAGGGCCUGGACCCCCACGCCAACCAGGCGGAGGUCUCUGAGGUCCACGAGGUGAGCAUCCUCCAGGAUAAGGCGCCCUUGCUGGUGGAGUCCUUGCUGGAGGCGCGGCGCUCCAACCACGGCCUCUCCCUCAGCGACGUGGUGGCCAUGGUCGGCGCCCUGGAGCGGCUCAUCUUCGACGAGUCCCUGGCGCUCCUCCAGGCCUCCUACGCCUUCAACGGCCUCAGCGCCGCCGAGCCCAUCCCGCAGCGCAGCGCCCACGAGGUGCUCACCUCCUACCUGCUCCUCUUCCAGCUGGGCAGCAAGGCGAACCUCACGGAUGUCCGACUGCACCAGGCUUUGAAGAGCAGGCUGUCGCAAAGAGAGGACUGGCCCGAGCUUGUGGACUUCGAGAGCGACACCGUCCUUAACUUUGAGUACGCACGGGCCCACACCUCGAACCCUUUCCUCGAGCCUCAGUAUUCCUUCCAGGAUCUGUCGGAGAUGGUCGGCGAGAUGGCCCAUGGCUACGGCAAGUGGCAGAACCGGGAGUGCCAGGAAAUGAAGGCCGAGCUGAUCGAGGCGGACGCGGAUGGGGAUGGCCGCGUCCCUCUGAGCCGCUUCUAUCUUCAGGCCGACAAUGCCAAGUACCAGUUCAGCGAGUCGGUGCAGUACCUGCAGGAGAUCGGGGCCCUGGACGAGAGCGGCCGUGAGAAGAAGGUGCGGAUCGCCAACUACUUGCAGGGCCCCUCCAACUGCAUCGCCUCGUCCUCCUACUACUCCAUCUGCUGCCUCAGCGAGUGCGAGGGCCUCUUGAACGAGCUGGAAGCCAAGGUGCAGGCUCCGACGGCGGAGCCCGCGCAGCUCUUGGACCUGGUGGGGCACAUCUCCUCCGCCACCGUGGACGCGCCCCGCGAGCUCCCGAGCGGCUUGGUGCGCCGGCUGCAGGACAUCGCGGACCACAACGAGGGGCAGGUGCCUCUUCACGGCCGGCUCUUCGCCGAGUGGCUGCACUACGCCUUCCCACACGAGUGCCCCUACCCCAAGGUCUUCCAGGAGGCCAAGGCCUUGACGCCCCAGUUCUGGGCUCUGAAGAAGAUGUCCGUGGAUGCGGAGGAGCGGCUGGAGAUUGCCUCCACCGCCACGCUGCAGCCCGAGAACGCCACGCAGGCCACGCCGGGGGGCGAGGCCGAGAUCGCGUGGAGCAGCGAGGAGCUCCUGCACGCCCACGAGGCACCCGCGCGGAAGCGGGGCAGCGCGCGCGUGGCGCUGCGCUGCGUCAUGCAGCUGGCGCUGCUCCUCGGCGUGCUCCGCGCGGCUGCCGGCAGCUGGCAGACGCUCCGCAGCAUGGCCGGAUUCGGGGACAAGGCGGCCAAGGCGGCGCUGCCCUUCUGA